UUUUGUCCAUUUUUGUAGUUUUAACUUUCGACUCGUUGUUUUUAUAAGAAUAUUUUCCAAAUCACAUAUACUAACCAAACACAAAGUUGAUUCAUGCUGUGAAAUGCAUUCUUGAUAAACGUUAAAGCAAUUCUUAAAUGUACAUUUGAUAAAAACAAUGUGAUUCAUUUGUAUUUAAAACUUUGAAUCAUUAACCCUUUAAGUUCAUAAAACUCAUUGCUAAAACUUUUAUAAGUAAAUCAAUAAAUAAAGUUCUUUUUACUAAUAAAAAUCCGAUUUGACUGAGAUUUGAAAGAAAAUUAAGUUUCUAUAAGUAGUCCUUCCAAUAAAUGUAAAAAAAAAACCAAAAAUUCAGCCAAUCCCAAUCCCUUUCCGAUCACAUCUUCUAAUUAACAACACCCCACAAUGGCCAAACGCGAUAUUCUGCCAGUAUUUCCUUCUCGGGCAAAUUCAGUGAUAAUGAAGCAGCGGGUUCUUGCAGCCAGGAGGGGCGUCGGUCUUCUAAAACGUAAGCGGGACGCCAUUGACAUGAAGCUGCGAGAGCUGCGCAAGAUGCGAUUCGACCAGGAUGUUGAUGCGGACGAGACAAUGCGUCAUGCCAUUUUCUCAAUGGCCAAGGCCAAUCUCCUGGGCGCCGAUUUCAAGCCACAAAUGGUAAGCAACAGCCAAGUGGCAUCCGCCUAUCUCCGACGAACCGAAAUCAAGAUUGUGGGCAUCAAACUUAAUUGCCUGGACCUGGAGACGAGGGGUACGGGUGCCUUUCCAUUGGCGGGUCUCAGUUGUGGUGGGAUGCAAGUUAAUCGGAUUAGAGAUGCCUAUACGAAGGCACUACGGGAACUAGUGGGUUAUGCCUCUUUAGAGUAUCAGGAGCGGAUGCUGCAGGCUGCCUCCCUACAGACCAACAUGAGGGUUAAUGCCUUGGAGCAUGUGGUCAUUCCGAUUUUGCAAAAUACCUAUAACUAUAUAUGCGGCGAGCUGGAGGAGUUCGAGCGCGAGGACUUUUAUCGUCUGAAACGCUCCCAGGCCAAGCAGUUGGAGGCGAAAAUGGCCUUUAGCGAAUUGAUCAAGACCAAGAACAUGACCGACGAGGAGCUGGAAUUAUAUGUUCGUAAGAACAUAACCCAAGCCCGACCAGUGCCCGACACCGCAUUCGAGCACGAUCAGUUUGAUGAGCAGGAGGUCAAGAGACGGGUGAGAGAGGCCCGUGUGUCCUUGAAGCAGCGCCGUGAGCUGGAGAAGAAGGAGGCAGCCGAGCGGAAUGAAAAGGCUCCCGUAACUAGCUUUAUCACCACCAGGAGUGCCAUGAGUAUUUCGGGUCGGCAAAGGGAUCCGCGUGCCAGCAGCGGUGAUCUGUACAGCACCAAGCGACAGAUCCACGACAGCGUUUCUGGACCUACUGGGAAGUCCGUGAGGCGUGGUAGCACAGCCAGCCAGGUAUCUAGGAUUUCCAAAAUUUCCAAAGUCAGUGCUAAUACUGAGAAACAGUAAGGCGUUCGAGGUUUCGAAUGCAGAUUUUUCCAAUAAAUUUCGGUCAUUUUUUUAUUUUA